AUGCGGUUUCAUAGACGGUGUGGUGAUAGAGUGACGCUUUUACACGAUAAUACAACGGCUGUUAGAAAUUUUGUCGAGUUUAAUCAUGGUUUGAUAUUGAGUGCAGAGCCCAUUGUAGAUGAUGUUGUAUUCGAGGUGUGCAUUGAUAGAAAGGUCAAUGUUUGGAAUGGAAGCCUUGAAAUUGGUGUUACAACUUUGGAUCCUGAAUACAUGGAACUUCCUGCAACGGCUACUAAAUUAAGGAAUACAGCAUGGAUUGUUUGUGGAGAUUUGCAUAAGAUUAACCAGUCUACAGCGUCCAAGAUUGUAGCAAAAAUAUCAAAAGCUUUAGCUUUAAAAGUAAGGCAAUUCAUAAAAUUUCCAAAUGUCUCCGAGCAAGGCAAUGUUAAAGUUAUGUACCAUCGCAUUGCUGGAUUUCCUGGAGUUAUAGGAUGUAUUGAUUGCACCCAUAUACCAAUAAAAAAUCCAAACCGACAAAUUGGUGAAGUGUUUCGCAACCGAAAGGGUUGGUUUUCCAUCAAUGUGCAACUCGUAUGCGGUCCACGAAUGGAAAUAUAUGACAUUGUAGCACGCUGGCCUGGCUCUGUACACGACUCAAGAAUUUUUGUUAAUAGCAGAUGUUAUAUGAGAUUCGAAGACGGAGACAUAACUGGAUUAUUAAUUGGUGAUAGUGGCUAUGGGCAGUCGUCUUAUAUGUAUACACCUGUGUACAAUCCACAAACUCAACCGGAAAUACGAUACAAUAGGGCUCAUAUUACCACAAGAAAUGUAAUAGAGAGAUUGAAUGGUGUAUGGAAGAGAAGAUUUGCGUGCCUGAAUAGGAAGCUACAAAAUAAUUUAGAAAACACAUGCAAUAUUGUUGUGGCAUGUGCAGUUCUACACAACAUUAGUAUAACUACUAAUCAAGAGAUGCCUGAACCCAUCACACAUGAUGAUGUUCCAGUCUCAAAUAGUAGUGACACUGAAAGGGGUAGUUUAAUUCGAGGAACAUUUAUUGCCAGGCAUUUUAAU